GUAGCCUAGGCUAGUGCAUUGCGAUGCUGUGGAGCUAAUGUUAGGUAUCUGACUUGCACAAUGUCACCUAACCUUUGACAACAGCCGACUGAAACGGAUCGGAAAUCGUUCGUUAUGAAUUCCUAUCGAGGAGGUCACAUUAGGUUAUCACCUAAAUGUGUCGUUAUCUCUGUACUUAUUGCGUUUUUCACGCAGACGGUCAGCGGUUUCAGCCCGAACCUUGAUAGUGAGUUUACAUUUCUACUGCCAGCAGGAAGAACAGAAUGCUUCUUCCAAACGGCGUCGAAAAAUGGCUCUAUGGAAGUUGAAUACCAGAUCAUCGCAGGUGCAGGCAUGGAUGUGGACUUCACCAUCCUCUCUCCUCAUGGCUAUCAGCUGAUCUCAGAGUUCCGUCGCUCCGACGGCGUCCACACUGUUGAGCCCACUGAGGAGGGCGACUACCAGAUCUGCUUCGACAACAGCUUCAGCCGCUUCUCGGAGAAGAUGGUGUUCUUCGAGGUCAUCCUGGAGGGCCCGGCGUCCGACGAGGGCGGGGACGACGAGUGGGCGGGCCUGGGCGAGCCCGAGAGCCUAUUGGAGUACAAGCUGGAGGAUAUCAGGGAGUCCAUGGACUCGGUGCACCGGCGUCUGGAGCGCAGUCGCCAGAUGCAGACGGCUCUGCGUGCGCACGAGGCGCGCGACCGCUACCUGCUGGAGGACAACCUGUGGCGCGUCACCUUCUGGUCCUGCGUCAGCCUGCUGGUCCUGCUCACCGUGGCCCUCACGCAGGUCUACACCGUCCGCCGCCUCUUCCACGACAAGAGGAGGGUGUGCACGUAGAGGCAGCGGAGUGUGUGUGUGUGUGUGUGUGUGUGUGUGUGUGUGUGUGUGUGUGUGUGUGUGUGUGUGUGUGUGUGUGUGUGUGUGUGUGUGUGUGUGUGUGUGUGUGUGUGUGUGUGUGUGUGUGUAGCCUGCUCGUCCUGCUCACCGUGGCCCUCACGCAGGUCUACACCGUCCGCCGCCUCUUCCACGACAAGAGGAGGGUGUGCACGUAGAGGCAGCGGAGUGUGUGUGUGUGUCGGGGUGGUGGUGGUGUGUGUGUGUGUGUGUGUGUGUGUGUGUGUGUGUGUGUGUAGGGAGGUACUUUGAGCAGGGUGAUUUGAAGACUCUCCCAGUUAGAUUACUGUGUUGUCAGUGAGAUCAUCCUAACUGGAUGCAAGCAAAGCAGUUUGUGGCAUUUUGAGCAUUUUGUCUCUUUGUCUCAGUGUAUACAGAGAGCCUUCAGUACUACUUUUUUCUCUUUCUCUCUCUCACUCGUUCCUCCGCCAUUGAUUAUUCUCUCUUAAUCUCUCUUAAUCUCUCUCUCACUAGCUCUCACUGUCUUUGUCUCUUAAUAUCUCUCUCUCUUUCUCUCUCUCUAGUUCUCACUGUCUUUGUCUCUUAAUCUCUCUCUCUCUCUCUCUCUCUCUCUCUCUCUCUCACACACACUAGUUCUCACUUUCUUUGUCUCCUCUUAGUAAUAAACAGUGCCAGUUCUGUUGCCUGCUUAUUUGAGCUCUGGUGUGAGAAGAACCAAUCUGCCACAUUCUAUCAACCAAUCACAGAGGAUGGACAGACAGACAGACAGACAGACAGACAGACAUAGAGAGAGUAGAAGGGGACAGAAUGAGAAUCAGAGUGAGCGAUGAAGAUAUAACGAGGUGAGGAGAUGACGAAAUUUGUGUCAUAGAGAGAGAGAGAGAGAGAGGGGAAGAAGAGAGAGAGAGAGGGGAAGAAGAGAGACAUCAGAAUUGAUAUUGUUACUGAAGUGUGAAUAGUCCUCUGCAGUUCGCCUACAAAAAUCCGGAUCUCCCUAAUCUUAAUGGGCAAAGAUGGUACCAGGAUUUCCUUAUAUGGGCAAAGAUGGCAGCUUUGGGUCCCUUUUCUGAACUUCAGAGGUCUAUAUGGAGUGCUAAAAAUGAAUCAUUGCAGUGCCUUUUUUAUGUCUUUACCUGAUUUGCUUCAUUCAGUAACAAGGCCUUGAUGAUCACGUCAUGAUCAUUGGCCGGAGUGACUCCGCUUAAUGUCAGCGGCCCUCCUCCCAUUGGCCGGAGUGACUCCGCUUAAUGUCAGCGCUCCUCCUCCCAUUGGCCGGAGUGACUCCGCUUAAUGUCAGCGCUCCUCCUCCCAUUGGCCGGAGUGAGUCCGCUUAAUGUCAGCGCUCCUCCUCCCAUUGGCCGGAGUGACUCCGCUUAAUGUCAGCGCUCCUCCUCCCAUUGGCCGGAGUGGCUCCGCUUAAUGUCAGUGGUCCUCCUCCCAUUGGCCGGAGUGACUCCAUUGUUGUGUUGUUACUUCUUCAUCAUUGUUUACGACCGCUAAGCAGCCGGCCCGAUGACGGGAAAUAGUUUUAAAAUAAUGUGUGUGUGUGUGUUUGUGCGUAGGUGGAUUAUGCGGGAGGGAGGGUAAAUGGUGAUGUUUGAUUUGAUAUUUCAGGCCAAAUGUUGGCCUCAAUCACGUUACUUAAGUUUUCAACAUUUUGGCUUCUUUUGUCUGUUGAUGUUACCACAGACACAUUGCCCAUUUUUGAGACUUUGUUUGGUACUUUGCAUUCGGUGUCUUCCUCCUCACCACAGACAGGUACUGUGUGUGUGUGUGUGUGUGUGUGUGUGUGUGUGUGUGUGUGUGUGUGUGUGUGUGUGUGUGUGUGUGUGUGUGUGUGUGUGUGUGUGUGUGUGUGUGUGUGUGUGUGUGUGUGUGUGUGUGUGUGUGUGUGUGGAGGGGGGUGCAGGGGGGUGCAGGGUUGCUCUUGAAAACAUCAUGUGAUCAGUCUUUGGCCACGUACUCAAACCUUUACUUGAUUUAUUACAUGGAGAAGGAGGCAGCGGUGGCCGUUUACAAAAAAUUGAGUUUAAAGUGAUUUUGUUUUCAAGUGUGUCUGUGUUUGCAUGCGUGUUUAUGCACGCAUAAACGUGUGUUUUUAUAAUUUUGUUAAUAUUAACAAAAGGGAGAGAUGUGUUAUGAGAUGUGAAAUAUAUGUAUGCUGUGAUGAAUCAGACGGAUUUUUUAAGAGUUUACUUUUUACAAAAAAAAAGAAAAUAAAAUUCAAAGUACAAUAUACUCAUGUCCUUCUUAUUUGCCAUCCAACUAGUGUGACGGUCGCUGGUAGUCAAUUUUAAGCGCACUAUGACUCGAGGGCUGAGAAGCAAGAGGUCGUAAGUGACAUUUCACCAACUUUACAGGAGAGCCAAAACAAAUCGCACUGCUUCAAUAUGUUCAUAGUUUAAAAACCUUUGUUGGUAAACGGGAAAUACGUGUAUGGGCAUAGCUCAAAUAACUCUACGCUUGGAAUAGUCCUUCAACCAAUCAGACCAACGAUCCGGGUGUGUCUUUUGGAUAAGCUCAUUUGGGAUUGGACCCAAAAUAUGUGGACAGGGAACAGGAGAGAGAUAGAUGUGCAGGUUUCCAGCCUGAGCUGCCGGGCGAAAUCCAAAUCACCGGCAGAUCAGGCAGGGUUUACCCAGCCUAUAGUACUGUGUCUUGUGUAUUCUUGCUGGAUUUGGAUGUUAAAAUUGAAUUUGAAUUAUUAUUUUUUGCUUAAAUUGAUAGAAAAGGGAUAGAAAUAGACAUUCCACUUUGUCUUCAAAUUUCUACCCUCCAUUUUCACAUUUUUAUGACAUCAUCAUUUAGGCGGAGCUUCAUUUACAGUAGCCUAUAGGUCCAUUAUAAGGACCUAAACCAUGCUGGACAAUGACACUGUACAGCGCACUUUACUAGGCUACUACUUCAUUUGUUCAGCUUAAACCAAAGGUGCACUGGUUACUGAAGCGGCUUCUAUCCCUAGGUGCCUCUCAU